AUACAUAACUGUUAAUAAACCUAUAGAUAAUAGAAUAUUGAAGAUACCUGUAUCUGCUGUUUGAUAGAAUAAUGGAAGAUAGUCAAGCGAAUGGAGAAAAUUGUGCUAUUAACUGCACGAGGGAUUCUAUUGGCCGUCAUGAUAAUCCAGAACCAGCAGGACAUAACUCAAACGGAACAGAUGAUACAUCUCUAUCGCAGAGACAUGACAAUAAUAGUGAUGGGAUAGAUCUUGAUAGAAUUGAUGAAAUUCGGGAAACGCAUUUAUUAAACGAUUCUGAUAUGAAUAACUCAUGUCAGGAGCGCAUAAUGGAACGCGAUACCACUGAAUCAAACUUGUGCUGCUUUACUUGUCAAAGAAAUCGUAAAUCAAAAAGACGGAGAAGAUUAAAGAACAAUUGCUGUGGAUUGCGACUGUGUUCUACGAGAAGACAAAAUAGAGACGACGAAUCAUUGGAUACGAGCGAUGGAGAUCGAGGGGACGCCGACGAGGUGGACAUCUACGCGGUUGAUCGAGAGCCAGUCCGAAAGCAGCUCUGUCGGGCCUGCUCGACCUUCACUUACAUUCUCUUAGCGAUUAUAGCCAUCGUUGUAACAUACUCUAUGAUCGCUAACCUCAUAUCAUCGUUGAACAAUCCUGUAAGGUCGAUACAGUUUCAACAGGUGAAACAUUAUGAAGCGCCAGGCAUAGCCAUAUAUCCGGGAGGAGCAAAAUUUCUUGCCUGUGGUCACUACUAUAACAAUGUCGUCACUUCAAAAGUACGACUUGGACAGUUAGAUCUGCUGAACAGAAACUGCAGUUACGUCAACAUGACGUAUUCAGAUCCGCAUAAUACGAACAUAUCACGGGACGUGCUCGUAUUCCGAGGACCAACGAACUUUGUCGACAGGGAAGCAGUGUUUUUUCACUUCAUGCUUGAGGACGAAACACGGGAUUUCUUUACUGUCAGUUACUUUGUGUUCCAACAGUGGGAUAGAUUCAAUGUAAGCUCAGACAAGGUAGAGCGGUUGCUCAACUAUCACCGUUACGUUCCAACGUACGCGUUAUCCGCCGAAUUGCGAAUGUGGAUAAAACUUAGUAUGAAAGAAACGCAUGUAUCUGACGGUGACAUGCACACUGAGUUUAAGGUGGAGUAUAGCGUGGUUCGAUUCAUCGAUAGGCGACCAGAAGAUGAUAAAAAGCGACAUCUAUUCUUUAUUUUCUUCGAAUGGAAAAACGAUUUGAUUGAAGAGUCCUACAUGAUGUAUACUCAAACCCCAUGGAGCGUAGGUGCAGGAUUGUGUGCUGUACUUCUAACUCUCCAUAGGGGUAUACAAAUUGCUCAACUCUCUUUCAAACGUGUACAAAAAGACAAACGUAGGCGAACUAUACGGAGGAGAACAAUUCAGGAAGUAAAGGAAGCAAAGCGAAGUGGAAGACGAGUUCCGCCUCAAUUACUGAGAGGACAAUCAGCGCCUGCAUUCAAUCAUUAGAUGACGCUCAUUAUAUCAGUCGCCAUGCCCAAGAACACUCAUAUUUGGAUGCGUUCACAAAAUACUUCAGAAUAGCAUUCGUGCGAUUUAAUUUUGCCAGAAUGUUUACAAUCUCUGAAGAUUCACAUUUUUUCAAUUAUUGAUUACUAAAAGUUGAUUCAGAUGUUGUGGGUAUCACAUACAACAUUUCUAGAGCUUCUAACGUACUGUCAAAUCCUGUUACACUCACCUAGCAUAUAGAUUUAGCUUGAUGCAUAAAUUUUCUUAUUUUGUAUAUUAAAUUAUAUCAAUCAUAAAUCUUAAUUCAUCAAGUGCGUGUCUACACCACAUUGUUGUGAGACUUGUUUGUUUUUUGUACGUGAAAUAAAUAAA